AUGCGUCAACUAGUACUAGUGUUUGUUGUUUUAGCAACUGCAGCUGCUUUACCUGCAUCUCUAGAAGAACAGUCAUCACAAAAAGAUGUUGAAACAAUAGGACUCAACAAUAUUGGAGAGACAUCUGCAAGACCAGAGAAGUCUUUGGAGGAAACUGUGGAAGAUUAUGUCAAGGAAAAUGAAGUUUCUUUCGAAUUACCAUUUGUCGGAUCGAAAAUAACUAUGGGUGCCAGGAAUCUUGACAAGGAUGAACUCAAUUUCAAACUGAAUUUUGGAAGAGGCAGUGAAGUUGAAGCUCGCAAGAAAUCUAAGAUCAAGAAGGCAUUCAUCCCAAUCCUCAUCUUCAUUCUCGUCAAAGCAAUGAUCCUGAUUCCCUUAGCUCUGGCCAUCUUGGGAUUCAAAACGUGGAACGCGAUUCAGCUGGCAUUCGUGUCGUUCGUGACGUCAGCAGCUUUGGCCAUAUGGAAGAUUUGCACCAAAGUGAGCCAUGACCAUCAUCCUGCUAUCAUCCACGGUGGCUGGGACCCUCAUCUGGACAGAACUGAUGCUCAACAGUUGGCCUACAGUGGAUAUGCUCCUCUGGAAUAG